UAUGAUAAACAAGGCAAAGGGUUUAGAUAAUAUUCUUAAGGAUAAUGUUCAAGAGGCUUUAAAAAAGAGGGUGUUUGGUGGUAAAAAUCAACUAAUUAAAACCAUUGUUGAUAGUUUAACAAAGGCUAAAGCCGAAAGAGCUUUAAGGUCCAAAUUAAAACAACAAAUUGAGGAGGAAGAAAAUAAAAUAAAAGAGGAAGAAGAACGUCUUAAACAGCAAGGUUUUAAAGGUUUGAGAGAAGCCAGGUUAAGUAAAGAACAAGAUUUGGAUGAUUUUUUUGCCGGAUUAAUGGCAAAUUUAGCUGAUCGUCCUAAAGAUAAUAACAAAAGCUGA